UUUCAGUUCUCUCUACAUGCAGAUGUAGGUCGGGUUCAGUACGAGGAUUGUGCAAAAUUGAAUCGAGAUUAUUAUGAAUGGUAAUUCGAAAGAUUUUGUUAAUGACAAUCAAUCCUGCGAUGCUGUGCAGGAGGACGUGCAAAUGGACAGGCCAGCUAACGAUAAUGACGACAACGACGAAGGCACCUUCUACGUGGUAGAGAACCCCUCAACGAUCUUGGAUGAUUACGUGUACAAUUACCUGAACACAGCCUUGUAUCAACGGCUCGCUUACAUUGCGGAUUGUUGCCCGCCUUUGCGACUGGAAAUCCUAGAACAUGCCGUUUUCGUCACUAGCCGAGCGCCCUUCGUGUAUCAGUUUUUCCAUCACAGACUGGCCGUUGAGAUAACCAAUGCAAAGCGCCUGCAGUACGAACUCCCACCUUUGGACACUAAGAGGAUUAAAGAGCAGCAGGAGAAGUCUGCUUCGACGAUAGCGCGAAUGGAAAAUUCUUUGAGGUUCUACGAAAAAACCGGGGUCAAGGCGUGUAUCUACAGGAUUCAUAAUGAGUUAGCCGAGCAUUAUAUGCAAAUAGGGAACAUUUGCAAUGCCCUAAAAUGGUUUUUAAAAGCUCAAGACUAUUGCGUGAACGCCAAGCAGGUUAUUAGCACGAAUCAGAAUCUGAUCAAUAUAGCGGUCUUCCAGCAAGAUUGGUCGCGUGUUCUCAGCUAUGUGACCAAAACUGAGCAAACUCCAGGUUUUAGAGAGGAGUUAAUGAAAGAUGAAAAGAUUUUCACCCUUCUGAAAUGUGCCGCUGGUGUAGCCCAGCUCUCUACCAAAAAUUUCAAGGCGGCUGCCCACAGUUUCUUGCAGACUUGUUGGGAUUGUUGCGAAUUUUCUGAUAUCGUGUCGCCUGGCGAUGUGGCCAUUUAUGGAGGUUUGUGCGCUUUGGCCACUUUCAACCGAUCAGAACUGCAUUAUUUCGUAAUCAUCAACACCAAUUUCAGGGAAAUUCUGGAGGAUGAACCCCCUAUACGCGAGGCAAUCUUAAACUUCUACCAAUCGCGGUUCCCUGCCUGCAAGCAACUUCUCGACAGGAUGAGGGGCAGACUCCUGCUAGACAUUUAUUUGGCCCCCCACGUCUCUACCUUGUAUGCAAAGAUACGUAGCCGCGGCCUAGUUCAAUAUUGCAUUCCGUACGUGUCUGUGGAUAUCCGCCGCAUGGCCCAAACGUUUGACCGCACAGUACCAGCGAUAGAGGAAGAGUUGGUGCGGUUAAUUUUAGACGGGCAGAUUGAAGCGCUAAUUGACUCGGUUAAUAAGGUGCUGUAUGCGAAGAAGAAAGACCCAAAAAAAACGGCGUUGGCGAAGGGGCUCGCUGUGGGCAAAGAACAUUUAAGGAGCGCACAAAUGCUGGUUUUGAGGGUGGCGAUGCUCAAGAGCGGCAUUGAAGUGCAAAGUCCUGUGGAACAAAUCGAGGACAUGCAGGUUGAAAAGUAAGCCGUCUCCAGUGUGCGAACCUGAGAAAUCAUCCACUUUUAUUAAAUUUAAUCGUAAUAGAAUAAUAAAACCCCUGUUUUUUGCA